GUGUGAUCCGUCGGACCAAGUUUAGGGCAUAGCAGACCGUCGGACGGAGGAACCGAGGUGCUGUUUGUGAAGGCUGGAAGUUCUGGGCGCCCAGAACUGGGUUUAGGGCGCCCAGAUCUUGAGUUUUUCUGCAUUAGUGCAGAGAAGCCACUUUUUGCAUCUUAGUCCCUCCAAUUACUCGAAAUUCUACCAUUUCCACCUUGAGGAUUUCAGUUCUAGCAGUUUUCCAGCAGCGACUGUUGGUGUUUCGGCUCGUGUGCGGCGUAGGAAGCUCCGUUUUCCACGAAACUUGGUUUGUUGGAUUCAGGACUUCAAGAGGAAUCCGUGGAGCCCAAAUUGACAGAAUUUGGUUAAGGUGCAAGCUUUGGAGGCAGUGGGUUUUUGGACCUGAGAUUGAUACUCCAGUAUACUCCACUGGAUUUGGGAUCUACCUUCAUCGAAUUUGAGCCUUAGAAAACCCUUGGAGGAAGUCGAGUUUGGACCAGAGGGUGAUAUUCCAUCUUGGUUUACUGGUUUUGGGACUUUGCUACACUUGAUUUGGGAUUUGAAAGAGCCUUGGAGAAGUAUUGUUGCUGUUGCAGCGUGAUCUCGGCUGAACCUCCUGGUGUUUUCGGGACCUUCUUGCUUCCGUGGAAUUGCCUUGGUGAAACUUAGAAACUUGGAACGAUGACGAGCCUUUUGUAUGGGUGUGCUAAUUUGCACUGCCGAGGAACGGUAUCGAUCGAGAAAGCCCAUCUCCAAGCUUCAAGAGUCACUGGUCUUUCUUUCAAGAGAUGCGUGCAAAUAGAUAUUUCGAGGUUCUCUACAAUCCCUAGUCUUUUAUGCACAAAGACUAAUACUUUCUCCCGAGCCCCUUCAACCAAUAAAGCCAAUUCUAUCCGAAAUGUUACUAUCUCAUGUUUAAAGGAAAGCACUGCAAAUACAAAUUAUUUUGACUUUGUAGUUAUAGGAAGUGGUGUUGCAGGCCUUAGAUAUGCCCUAGAAGUUGCCAAACAAGGAAAGGUUGCUGUUAUUACGAAAGCGGAACCUCACGAGAGCAACACAAAUUAUGCACAAGGUGGUGUAAGUGCUGUUUUGUGCCCUUCAGAUUCCGUGGAAAGCCACAUGCAAGAUACAAUUGUUGCAGGGGCUUAUCUAUGUGAUGAGGAAACAGUUAGGGUAGUGUGCACAGAAGGCCCAGAUCGUGUGAAGGAAUUGAUCGCAAUGGGUGCAUCUUUCGAUCAUGGAGAGGAUGGAAGGUUACAUCUCACAAGAGAAGGAGGGCAUUCCCACAAUAGAAUUGUUCAUGCCGCUGAUAUGACUGGUAGAGAGAUUGAACGGGCAUUGCUACAAGCUGUUGAUAAUGAUCCUAACAUAGUUUUGUUUGGUCACCAUUUUGCCAUCGAUUUAUUGACUUCUCAGGAUAAUGACGGAAUACAUUGCCAUGGUGUUGAUACACUGAAUCUGGAAACCCAACAGGUUGUUCGUUUCAUCUCAAAAGUGAUUCUUCUUGCCUCUGGAGGAGCUGGACAUAUUUACCCUACGACCACUAAUCCCCUGGUUGCCACCGGAGAUGGAAUUGCAAUGGCACAUCGUGCUCAGGCUGUAAUAUCCAACAUGGAAUUCGUGCAGUUCCACCCAACAGCAUUAGCUGAUGAAGGCCUCCCGUUAAAGCCAAUUAAGAGAAGGGAAAAUGCAUUUCUUAUAACCGAAGCAGUUAGAGGAGAUGGAGGACUACUUUAUAACCAAUCAAUGCAGAGAUUCAUGCCGUUAUAUGACGAAAGAGCUGAACUGGCUCCAAGAGAUGUUGUUACACGGAGCAUCGACGAUCAAUUGAAAAAACGAGGAGAAAAAUAUGUCUUGCUUGACAUAAGCCACAAACCAAGAGAGCAAAUCCUCUCCCAUUUCCCCAACAUCGCCGCAGAGUGCCUUAAAUACGGGUUAGAUAUCACCAGCGACCCGAUACCUGUAGUCCCCGCAGCGCAUUACAUGUGCGGUGGGGUCCGUGCCGGUUUGCUGGGGGAGACAAAUGUCAAAGGCCUGUUUGUGGCUGGUGAGGUUGCUUGCACUGGCUUGCAUGGUGCAAAUCGUCUUGCGAGCAAUUCGUUGCUUGAAGCCCUGGUCUUUGCUAGGCGAGCGGUCCAGCCGUCAAUAGACCACAUGGUGGAAACGCAUGCGAACAACUGUUCCUCGGCCAGGUGGGCUCUUCCAGUGCCCCCAGUGUCCCUGAGGGAUCGUGUGGUUUGUGAUAUUACAGAGCAGACGAGGGAGAUCAGAGCCGAGCUGCAAUCUGUUAUGUGGGAGUAUGUCGGAAUAGUGCGGUCGACUAGUAGGUUAAAGACUGCGGAGUGGAAAAUUGGGGAUUUGGAGGAGGAAUGGGAAGAAUACUUGUUUAGGAAAGGGUGGAAGCCCACAAUGGUUGGAGUUGAAUUGUGUGAGAUGAGGAAUCUCUUUUGUUGCGCUAAGUUGGUCGUGGAGAGUGCGCUCUCAAGAAGAGAGAGCCGCGGUUUGCACUUCACAGAGGAUUUUCCUUAUUUGGAGGAGAGUAAGAGAAAGCCGACGAUAAUCUUUCCUACCUCGAUGAGGAUGACGUGGAGCUCACAGCAGGUGCAUAAGCAGCUGCAAUGUUGAAGGCACCACGAUGUAUUCAUUGAUUUCUAUUCUUUUAACUGAAAUAUGUAAUAAUGUAUUCGUGUAUUUUUGUUGUAGAGUCCGAAGAUGUUUUUUUUUUUUUUUUGCAUGCACGCAUACCCCUGCAAAUGUGCAAAUUAUGCGAAUGCCCCUGUAAACUUGUUGUUUUGCGUGAACCACUUAAAAGUCUUGAUUAUUUCUUCU